AUUACGUCUUCCACAAAGGUCGAAACGAGAAACAAAUUGUACCGCGAAACGAUGUCGUUUGGUGCAUCUCUACUCUCCCCAUCUUUCAAACCUCUAUGCCAUCGAAUUCGAGCUUCCGCGUCCGACGUUCCUGACUUUCUAUCUCCGGAUUGGCUUGAGUCUCGCAGGAAAAGACCUUCUGGUCCGAGAUUAAGUUUUAGUGCAGAGGAAGCUGUGCGAUACCAGCUUGAUGCAUUGAUGUUCAAUGACCAACCUCGGCCAGAUUAUGGGAUUGAAGUCAUGUAUAGGUUUGCUGGAUUCGAUCCUUUUGAAAGAUCUACCUAUUUUGGGCCCUUCUUUGAUUUAGGGCAGUUCGAACGGUUUAGGCGGAUCUUCCACCAUUCAAGUUACAGAGUUUUGCUAGGUCACCGGGAAAGAAAGAUCUUAAGCAGUUUACUUGUGAAGGAGAAUAGCUAUAAGCAGCGAGUUUGGAUACGGGGAGCUCGACCUGAGGAAGAAGAAAUAUUUCAAUUUACAAUGGUUCAGAGAGUUGGGGGUUCUUGGGAUGGUUAUUGGCUUACAGAAUCUCUCCUUCACGACGGAGAUAGUUUUUCUGGUGGUGUGGCUUACUGAAUGGAUCACCAGCUCGGAGACGGUGGAGCUAAAUCAAUUAAUUGUGCUACACGAUUGGAGCAUUGAAUUACUCCCACAGAUAUUAAGCUUCUGUACAUGUGUAAUAGGAUGUACAAAUUGUAACUAGUGCUGUUCAAUCUGGUCGUUUAAAGAUAUAAUUACAGCUAAGUGCAUGUACAUUUAUAAAAUAAUUUUCAUAAAAAUUAACUUUCAUUUUCU